CUUCACACUACAUAUUACUUGCUACACAGCACUAGUUCAAAGCACCCUCUAUCUGCGCGUCACUCACGAAAUGUGCCCCUCCAGCACAUCUAUAUCCACCGGCUUGUUUUAUCCAUUGAAAUCCAGCGACACAGACGCCCAUCCUUCGCAACGCAGCCUGUGCUUUGAUUUCCUUGCGCAGCUCACGGUCGCGUCUCUCUCUUUCUUCUCGGGCAUGCAACUCCCGCAGCCGUGCUUCCUCUAGAAUGCGUUUGAGCUCGUCGAGUUCGGCCUGCGCCCGUUCGCGCUGCUUUUGCGCCUCAAGCUCUAGCUGCAAAGCCUCGGCUUCUCGCUCGAGUCGCUCCGCCUCUUUGAUCGCCUUCUCAUGCUUCCGGCGCUCGGAUUCAGCUGCCUUCUUGUCGGAUUCCAAUUGUUCCCAGACAGCGUUCGACACGCCGGGAUCCCGCCCGUCCGCCCGAGUGUCUGCCAUAUCUGGUGCUGCUUCUGGGAGAGCGUCGCGGGUGGCAACAGUAGUCCGUAUUGGCGCAAUUGGAGUGGGUAACGCAACUGGUAAGUCUGAUCGCAGAGGUGUUUCCGCGGCAACAGCAUUUCUGCGGCGGAGACUGUCCAGGUGGGCUUGCAUGAGUUUUAGCGCAGUGCUGGAGCUCAGACAGAGUUUGUCUCCGAUGGAUUCCAUGAGAGCUGCGCCGUAUGCGUCUUUUGCGAGAGAUUUCAUGUCCCGAGCGUUGCCCCACGAUGAGAACUGUGUCAUCUUGCCGAUCAGGACUAAUAUCUCGUGGUCGGCCUCGCCAGAGAGUUCGACUUUCUCCCUGCCCAAGGUCUUUCGGAAGACGUCGAGACAGUGCUCCGGAG